GGUUUUGAUGUUAUGAAAUCUGGCGAUGCAAGAGUUGCAUUGAUUGGAUUUCCCUCAGUGGGUAAAUCAACAUUAUUAAAUAAACUUACAAAGACUCAUUCUGAGGCUGGCGCGUAUGAAUUUACUACCUUAACCUGUAUACCUGGAAAAAUUGAAUAUAAUGGAGCAAAUAUUCAAUUAUUGGAUUUGCCUGGUAUUAUUGAAGGAGCUGCUCAAG